AUUAACUGUGAAAAUAUACCGACUGCGAAAGAAGUAAAGAGUAGUUGUAGAUAAUCGUAACAACUCUUGUAGAUAAAAAGUGGUACAUGUAUGCAAUGCACAGUAGAGAGAGGGAGGACAUUGCUUCCCGCGUUUUCCAUCUGCAGUUGUGUCUUGAAUCAACUCAUGCGUGCAAGCUAUUUCUUCUCAAUCCAUACCCCUCUCUCUCUCUCUCAACCCACCACCACAAGUUCUUGAACUCUUCGAUCCUUUAACGGAUCAAAAUUAUUGAGAGAAGAUGGGAAGCCACAUGAGCAAGAAGCCUGGUGAGACAUCAGCUGCUGCUUCAAUCAACAACCUUCAUUACACGACUGAGCUGAACUAUUACGAGGCUGCCUGCAGACUCGACGUGGAUUUGCAGUCGUUCGACACGACCCUCCAAGCCCGGACCAACAACGUUAUCAACUCCCUCGCUGCGGGGGUUGAGGUUAAGGCCUUGUCCUUCGAUUCCCUCAAGGAAGUCACAGAAUGCCUUCUAGAAAUGAAUCAAGAAGUCGUUAAGGUUAUCUUGGAUUGCAAGAAAGACAUUUGGAAGAAUCAAGAACUGUUUGAUCUUGUUGAGGAUUACUUUGAGAACAGCCUCAAGACGUUGGAUUUCUGUGCUGCAUUGGAGAAGUGCUUGAAACGCGCCCGAGAUAGCCAACUGCUCAUACACGUCGCGCUGCAGCAAUUUGAAGAGGAAGAUGGUAAUGAAAAGUAUUCUAAGACAUUGGAGGAAUUGAAGAGUUUUAAGGAUGCAGGGGAUCCCUUCACCGAGGAUUUCUUUCAGAUUUUUCAAUCUGUUUACAUGCAACAAAUGUUAAUGUUGGAGAAGCUGCAGUUGAAGAAGAACAAAUUGGACAAGAAGUUAAGGUACAUUCAUGCCUGGAGGAAGGUUUCUAGCAUCAUAUUCGCUGCCACAUUUGCUGCUGUGCUGAUUUGCUCGGUGGUGGCUGCGGCCAUGGCUGCACCGCCCGUUGCAGCAGCCCUGGCAGCCGCCACCUCGAUCCCGUUGGGAUCAAUGGGGAAGUGGAUAGACUCACUUCUCAAGAACUAUGAGAAUGCUGUGAAGGGACAGAAGGAGAUCAUCAACUGUAUGAAUGUGGGGACUUAUGUUACCAUCAAAGAUUUGGACAGCAUUCGAGUCUUGAUCGACAGGUUGGAGAUUGAGAUCGAAUCUCUGUUGAAAAAUGCAGAAUUCGCGAUAAUCAACGGUGAUGAGGCAGUGAGAGUGGGUGUGGAGGAAAUCAAGAAGAAACUGGAUGUGUUCAUGAAGAACAUUGAGGAGUUAGGGGUUCAGGCUGAUAACUGCAGCAGGGAUAUACGCAGGGCAAGAACUGUUAUACUGCAGAGGAUCAUCAAACAUCCCAACCAUUGAUUUUCUCUGAUGAACUAGCAUGAUAAUUAUGUAUAUGACAGAUCAAAUAAUUGGAAUCUUGAUUUUAUUC